GGAGGGGUGUGGCCAGUGUAAUUUAUGGCCAUAAAGAGCAUUGUCUGAGGAGCCAACACAGCCUCAUUGUGUCAUGCCAGCAACCUGUGUUGUCUGAGAGCACACAGCCUGGAAAUGAAGUACCUGCUCCUGACUGUCCUAUUGUUUGGCCUGUUGGCUAUUCUACAGGCCCAAGAUGACCUGCCCUUCCUCUCGGAUGAAAAGAAACUUUCAGGUAUCUGGUUUCUAAAGGCCACAGUGAGUCAAAGGAGACAGACAGGGGAGCAAACUGUGGUUGCAUUCCCUCAUAGCCUCACAUGCCCAGAAGAAGGAAUCUUGGAGAUCAGGAACACUUUCAUGUCUGGUGGACAGUGUAUUAAGAUACUACUUCGUAUGCAGAAAACAGAGGAGCCUGGUCAAUAUAGUAACUUUUUUCGUCAUAACCUUUUCUAUAUCUAUGAGCUGCCAGUGAAGGACCACUACAUCUUUUACAUGGAAAGCAUUCCAUUUGAGAAAAAAUUUCAAGAAGGACACCUCAUAGGAAAGUGUCCAAAAGAAAACCUGGAGGCCUUGGAAGAAUUCAAGGAAUUCAUACAACGAAAAGGACUUCUUCAAGAAAACAUCAUUGUACCUGAGCAGAGGGAACGUUGUGUUCCCAUACAUGAUGGAGCACACAAGAACCACAAAUGCUGAGUCAUCUCUGCCAUUAGGACAUGGCCUUGACCUCACUGGACUACUCUUCCUUCUGGACCACAUUUCACUGUAUUGCAUUUCCCAGUGUAAUCUUUCUUUUCCAGCAGGUUCCUUAUUGUGAGCUCAAUGAAUGUAUAAUCUGGGUCUUCAUCCUGGACCCCCUGUCUCAUUCCUUCCUUGAUUAGUACUACCCAUUGGAAUUCCAACCUGCCUGCUUUACAUUUUAACUUUUGACCCCAACUCCAUCUGCAUCCAAUAAAGCAUUUAGCAAUUUUUCUGA